AUGACUGGAGAAUUUAUCAAACUUCCAGAAGCAAGCAAGGUUGAGAAACCUAGAGAAAAGAUUGAUUCUUGUCUGGGCUUCAGUCCAAGAACUAAACAAUAUAAGGUGAUAAGAAUUUUCACUCAACAGAUUUGUGAUCCCAUUAGUGGGAGGAAAGUGUAUGACGAUAAGGUGGCUGAGAUACACACACUUGGGACUAGAUCGUGGAGAAGUGUGGCAUGUGCUCCCUUCAUGCUAUAUGGAAUAAAAUUUCCCACCUACCUUAAUGGAGCAGUUCAUUGGUUUCGUCCUGAUUUCACGAAGGCGGAUUCCAAAAUUGUUUAUUUUGACGUUUAUAACGAGCAAUUCCAAUUAAUUCCAGCUCCCCCAGAUAAGUAUAAUAGAUAUGGUGGUAAGAAUAUAAAUCUCAUAAGCAUGGGUGUUUUAAAUGGUCAUCUCUGCAUAUGUGAUGCUGCUGAGUUUGGCCGUGUUUGCAUAUGGGCGAUGAAGAAGCAUGGGGUCCGAGAAUCUUGGAGUAAAGUGUUUUCUAUUGAUACUGAGACUGAACAACGAUGGCCUCAAGGUUUAUAUCAUCCAUUGAAGAAGUUUAAGAAUGGAGCAAUACUGAUGUACCAUGCUCGCAACUGCCUGCUCUAUUAUGACCCUUCAAGAAAAGAACACAAGUAUUUUAAGAUUCGUGGAAGUGAAUCAAGCUUUGAGGCAGUUGUUUGUAUUCCAAGCUUCAGUUCGCUCAAGGAUGCUGUGAUGGGAGACAAUGUAGAGGUGCUGAAUGUCAAAUCAAGGUAA